AUGGCCAGUCCGUGGAUCUGGCGGAGUGACGCCGCCGAUGCAGACGUAAGCGAUUGGCUCGACGCGGUUGUCGACGAGCUGCGCCCGCACCAGCGCGACGAGCUGCAGCGCAUCAUGACGCACCAACCAGCCUCGACGCGCCUCAAAGUAUGGGCUUUGGUUGGCUCUAAAGUCGACGCGAGUGGGUACCUCCACGAUGUUUUGCGCGUGCACCACUACCUAGCGCUGCACAUGUCGUCGUCGUCCACCGAGUACGCGACGCUGCUCGCGCUCUACGCCAGCUUUGGCGACGACGACGACCGCCGCAGCAUGGAGUCUCUCUUGACCGAAACGCUGCACUUGAGCUUGAUGGGGCGGGUUCUAUCGCGCCACUCGCUGGCUAAGCAGCGCGUUUUGCUCACCUUUAUGCACGACGCGUUCGCGUGGCGUCCGUUUCUCGACUGGCUCGGCGCCGACCCCCGAGUCGAGCACGCAGUGCGCACGUACCUCGUGUCGUUGCCGGACGACGAUCUCUUCUCGCUCUGGCUGCGGAUCCUCGUGCAUCUCGCACCCAGCGAUCGGCUGCCGUGGCGCAUGUGUUCCAAGGCCACUGCGCGCUGCCGUCGCUCCUCGUCAAUCGGCUCGUGGCACUGA